AGGGCACCGAGAAACCACUCGAAGACCUACAAGGUCCCUCGUCGACCUUUUGAAUCCGCCCGUCUCGACGCCGAGCUUAAGCUCGCCGGCGAGUAUGGCCUCCGCAACAAGCGCGAGAUCUGGCGUAUCUCCCUUGUCCUUUCCAAAAUUCGUCGUGCCGCCCGUGAGCUUUUGAAGCUUGACGACAAGGACCCGAAGCGUCUCUUCGAGGGUAACGCCCUCAUCCGCCGUCUCGUGCGUAUCGGUGUGUUGGAUGAGAGUCGCAUGCGUCUCGAUUACGUGUUGGCCUUGAAGCUCGAGGACUUCAUGGAGAGGAGGCUCCAGACCCAGGUCUUCAAGAGUGGAUUGGCAAAGAGCAUUCAUCAUGCCCGUGUCCUCAUCAGGCAGCGACACAUUCGUGUUGGCAAGCAGAUCGUCAACGUCCCUUCCUUCGUCGUCCGUCUCGACUCGCAAAAGCACAUCGACUUCGCUCUCACUUCGCCCUAUGGUGGAGGCCGCCCCGGUCGUGUCAAGCGCAAGCGUGCCGCGGCUGCUGCCAAGAAGGAGGAGGGCGGUGAUGAUGAGGAGGAGGACGAGUGA